AUGCAACAACAUGAUGGCAGCCCGUAUCCACUAAGUUAUUCAUCAAUUGGCCAACACAUCAGUGCAAUUGUCGAUCUGCUCUCUAGCCAAGUGGGAAAGGGUGGAUUCGAGAUGCUUGACAAGAAGGUGGUGAAGGUUAUCAAUUGGCCCAUACCGCAAGACAAGGAGGAAUUAUCACGUUUCAUUGGAUCUCUCCAGUAUUGUCGCCGCUUUUUACCGCAUUUCUCUUUGUUGAUGGAACCAUUGAACAUGCUGAGGCGUAAGGGCGUUGAAGACGUAAGGGAUCAAGACCAGCAAGAUUGCUUAGGUGCCAAGGAUCCUUAUCGAUUGGUAUUCAAUUACAAACCGGUCAAUGCUGCUACGGUUGAUUCUGGAUAUCCGAUCCCAAAACAUACAUGA